UAAGGAUGCGCGGUGUACGAGGAAAUCAGUCAGUCACGAAAAAUGUACCCAGUUCUCAUAGUUCUCGCGUUGAUCCUCUUCUCAAACGCAGAAAUUAUUUUUAGUGAUGCCGAUGAAAAACGUUUGAAGACUAUAAAAACUAAUUGUGCUGCUGCCGAGAAGAUCGAUCCAUCGUUCAUUUCGAGAGUAGAUUCUGUGGAUUUCCCCACGUACGACGAAUUAAAAUGCUACCCGUACUGUGUCUUCAGCACAUUCGGCAUAAUGACCAAAACUGGUGAAUUUGAUCUGGAGUUCCCGAGGGUCCAUAUCCCUGCAGAUCAGCAUCAGGUUUACUUACCCGUAGUAAAUGAGUGCAGCAAAACCAAUGCUACAGAGAGUUGUCAACGUGGUUACGAAUCCUAUAAAUGUUACUCAGUACAAGCUUUUGCGUAAGACUGCA